AUCAAGCACGUAAGAAUUUCCCCAUUUUCAUGCUCAUUUUUUGCCCUCUUCCACCUAUAUGUAUAGGACUAAGGUUGGCCAUUGUUAGCUCAUAUUCAAUCAAACAUGGAAGUCUGGUUCAUCAUCGUCAUCUCUCUCUGUAUCUUAGCACUCCUCAAAUACCUCCUUUUCAACAAAGUCUCUGAAAAUCACAAUAAGCUACCUCCAGGACCCUCACACAUCCAAAUACUCAGCAACUUCUUAUUGCUCCGCAAACCCUUAGAAUUGGAACUCACCUUGACCCUCCGCAAACUCCAUGCCAAGUACGGAUCCAUCAUCACCAUUUACGUAGGUUUCAUCCCAGAUAUCAUCAUUGCCAACCAUUCUCUCGCACACAAAGCUCUUAUUCAAAACAGUGCUGUUUUCGCUGACCGACCAGCUACUCUACCUACAGACUUGAUCUUAUCUAGUAAUAAACACAGCAUCAACACUUCCUCUUAUGGUCCCACAUGGCGACUCUUUCGUCGCAAUCUCACUUCAAAGAUUCUCCACCCUUCGCAAAUCAAAUCUUACUCUCACGCACGCAAGUGGGUCUUGGAUAUUCUCCUCAAUCGCCUUGGUUCCAACACUAAAUCCGUUGUUAAAGACCAUUUCCAAUACUCCAUGUUUUGUUUGUUGGUUCUUAUGUGCUUCGGAGACAAACUCGGUGAAACCCAGAUUAAGAAAAUCGAAGAGGGUGGCCGUCGCUUGAUUUUGAGCUCUGGUCGGUUUGCUAUACUCAAUUCUUUCCCUCGUAUUGGAAGGAUUUUAUUUCGUAAGCGUUGGGAAGAGUUGUUUCAACUUCGGAGAAACCAAGAUGAUUUGUUAAUUCCUUUUAUUAAAGCGAGGAAGAAAGUGAAGCAAGAAAGACACAGUAAAAUGAAAGAAGUCAAAGAAAAUGAAGAUGAGUUUGUUGUGCCGUAUGUGGAUACAUUGUUGGAUUUGGAGCUACCAGAGGAGAAGAGGAAGCUUUCCGAGGAGGAAAUGGUUAGUUUGUGUUCAGAAUUUCUCGUCGCGGGUACGGAUUCUACGUCAACAGCGUUAGAGUGGAUAAUGGCGAAUAUGGUGAAAUACCCACAAAUCCAAGAUAGGCUUUUAGUGGAGAUGAAAGGGGUUGUAAGUGAUGGAGAGAAAGACGUAAAGGAGGAAGAUUUGAACAAGAUGCCUUAUUUGAAAGCAGUGGUUUUGGAGGGUUUAAGGAGACACCCACCUGCCCAUUUUGUGAUACCACAUGCAGUGACUGAGGAUGUGGUUUUGGAUGGCUAUAUAGUACCAAAGAAUGGUACUUUGCAUUUCAAUGUGGCAGAAAUGGGGCGGGACCCGAAGGUUUGGGAGGAUCCCAUGGCGUUUAAGCCCGAGAGAUUCUUGAAUGGUGGAGGAGAAGCGUUUGAUAUAACUGGAAGCAAAGAGAUUAAGAUGAUGCCAUUUGGUGCGGGGAGGAGGAUGUGUCCUGGUUCUGGUUUGGCAAUACUGCAUUUGGAGUAUUUUGUGGCCAAUUUGGUUUGGAAUUUUGAUUGGAAAGCUGUGGAGGGUGAUGAGGUUGAUUUGACAGAGCAACAGGAGUUCAUUGUGGUGAUGAAGAAUCCACUCAAGGCCCAGUUAUCUCCAAGGCUUUGAAUGGUUAGGUAUCCAAGGACCGAGACUAUGACUAUGAUAGUGUUUUUUGAAAAUAAAGUCUACAGCUGUAUUUAAUAAAUUUAUACUAAAAAUGUUUCUAUGGCACCUAAGUAUUUUCCUUUGCAAACAGCUGCAUAGAGAAUUGCUGUUUGCAAAGGGAAUCACACAGUUUGUUUCUUUUGCUGGAAUUGAAUUUCAUCUAAUAAAUUUACACUAAAAAUGUUUCUAUGGCACUAAAGUAUUUUCCUUUGCAAACAGCUGCAUAGAGAAUUGCUGUUUGCAAAGGGAAUCACACAGUUUGUUUCUUUUGCUGGAAUUGAAUUUCAUCUGAUAUGGAAACA